ACCUGAAUGACUGAGGAUACAUUUCUUAUUUCCCCCCGAUCUGUGAUGCUGCCGAAGCCCAACUUGCGUUUCUCUCCUCACGAGCCUGGAGGAAAAGCUUUGGCUGUCAAUCCCCUAUGCUCUCUAAUCUUCAUCCUCUUCAGAAACAAGGAUUUUCAAGAGGUGACGCUGGAGAAGGAUGGCCAGACUCUGCUGCACUUCGCCCUGGCGUAUGGAUUUCGGAACAUCCAAAACUUCGUGCAGAAACUGAAACGCGGAAAGCUGCCCUACCAUUAUGUCGAGGUGAUGGCUUGUCCCUCAGGGUGUUUAAAUGGAGGGGGGCAGAUCAGAGCGGAAGGAGAAUCCAGCAAAGAUCUGCUCCAUCGUGUGGAGGGGCUCUAUGAAACGGCCCAGCCAGAAGACCCCGAGACGAAUGAAACCAUCAGCGACCUCUACGACCAGUGGCUUGGGGGCCCCACUUCUCAACAGGCUCAGAGUCGCCUCCAUACACAAUACCACGCGGUGGAGAAAGCCAGCACAGGCUUUAAUAUUAAGUGGUAAAUUGGCUCAGCUCGUGUAGCACAACAGCAAUGCACGGGUCCCCAACCCCUAGGCCACAGCCCACAACCAAGCCAUGGCCUAUUCGCAACCAGGCUGCGCGAAUGGCAGACUGGCUGGCAUGCAUGUGCAGCUCAACUUGCACAUGCGGCACGCAUGCGCAGCUUGCAACCAAGUUCUGUGUGUGUGCGGGCCCAUCGCUUGUGCAGCCCAGUUCUCCCCCCCAAGCUGGGCCACCAAGUUGCA